AUGACCACAGCUGAGGCAGAAGCGCCGCCACUGAUUGAGUCUGCUGAACCGACGCUUUUCCUGAUCGUCGAGGACCAGUCGGAACCGCAGCUCAAGCUGGCGGAAGCUCUCCAUUGCGCCAUGUCCACCGCCAGCCUGCUCUCAGAUCUCAGCCAUGCCACACCCGGCACACUAGCAAUCUCGGACCCGGAGUCUGAGAGGGAUGGUGUGAUGGGGUUACACAGCGAUUCCGAUCAUCACCCAGAGAUCAUCAAGGGGAAGAUGUCGUACGGCACUUCGCGUUUCUGGUUCUUGAUACAGUACCUCGAGGACCCCACCACCUUCAACCUGAUCGUGGGUAGACAUCCUUCGGCGAACCUGUGGCCGCCGUGGUUCGGAUCGAGACCAGUGCCCCGAAAGAAUCUGGCAUACGAAGGAUUGAACGUCACUGUUGACGACAUCGUGACGGACCACUUGAAGGUGGCUCGAUUUGCCAUGGGCAAGAUCCGGGGCACUUUCGGCUGGUCGGACAUAUCAGUAAACUCUCGAGACGAGCCAAACUACAAGUAA